UUUAAGAGCGGCGGCGGCGGCGGCCGUGCCCGCUCCCGCUCCCGUGCCCGCUCCCGGCGGUGCCCGCGGCCGCCCCGCACCUGCCGAGAUGGCCUUCCAGCGGAGCCACCGGCUGAACCUGCUGCGCCUCGUUGUGCUGCUCCUCGUGGCCUUGGCUGGCAUCAAGUUCCUCUUCCGUGACAGCUUUACCCUGGAGCUGCACAAGCACGUCAACAAGGACAGCGGGUUCUGGGGGGACACAGGUGACAUCGUCCAGGACAUCAUCCCCCAGAGCCAGGUUCUGGAGGUCCCUGCAGCAAAGAUGGCCCUGAAGCAAAAGCAGCAGGUCCCCAGGGAUGUCAGUGCCACCGACAUGAGGCUGGUCCACCUGGACCUCAAGGGAGCUGCACCCAGAGUCUCCUACCUGGAACAGGUGUUCCCCCUCCUGUCCCAGCUGGGAGCCAACGGCGUCCUCAUCGAGUACGAGGACAUGUUCCCCUUCAAGGGGGAGCUGGAAAUCCUCAGGUCCCCGUACGCUUACAGUGAAGAGGACAUCGAGCGGAUCCAGCAGCUGGCGGAGCAACACAAGCUGGAGGUGGUUCCCCUGGUGCAGACAUUUGGCCAUGUGGAGUUCAUCCUCAAGCAUGAGAAGUACCAGCACCUGCGGGAGGUCGAGCGCUUCCCCAACAGCUUCAACCCCCACAUCCCAGACACCCUGGCCCUGCUGAAGAGCAUCCUGUCCCAGGUGAUCGAGAAGCAUCGCCGCUCCACCUGGAUCCACAUCGGCGCAGACGAGGUUUUCCAUCUCGGGGAGGGGAUGGACUCCAAGAACUGGAUGAGCCACAACAAGGGUGAUGUGGGGACCAUGUACCUGAAGCACAUCAAGGAGGUUCUGGGUUUCCUCGCGGCACAGUACUGGGGGCUGCGGGUGCUCAUGUGGGACGACAUGCUGAGGAAGAUCAGCGUGGGAGCCCUGCGGGAGUCCGGGAUAGCGAAGCACGUCUCACCCGUGGUGUGGUUCUAUGCACCCGACUUCGAGGCCGAGCAGAUCGUGCCGUUCCUCACCAAGUACGUGGAGAGCGGCUUUGAGGCGGUUUGGUUCGCCAGCGCCUUCAAGGGCACCACGGGGCCGGCACAGGCCUGGACCCCACUGAGCUACCACCUGAAAAACCACCUGAGCUGGCUGAAGGUGAUGCAGGCUGUGCCACGGCUGGCCCCGCUGCGCUUGCAGGGCGUCGUGCUCACCGGCUGGCAGAGGUACGAUCACUACUCGGUGCUCUGUGAGCUGCUGCCAGUCAGCAUCCCCUCUCUGGCCAUCUGCCUGCAGACCCUGGUGAAUGGGGGCUUCACAGAAGAGGCAAAGAGGAAAGUCCUGGAUGUGCUGGGCUUGGAGAGCGUGCAGCUGGAGCAGAGCACCUGCGAGGGCAGAGGAGCAUUCCCUGGUGUGGAGAUCUACCACAUGGUGGAGCAGGUUAAUGGGCACCUGAAGGAGAGCAUCCUUAAGGCAUUGGAGGAGGAGAGUGCCAUCAAGGGCUGGUUCAGCCCCUACCACCGGAAGCACCAGUUUGGGAACCCCCGCAACAUGGAGAGCUUUGGCAACAAGGUGCUGAAGCUCCAUGAUGACUGGGAGAACUUUGUGCGUGACCUGCAUGCCCAGCUGGAGAGGAUCUACUUCCCCGACACAGUCCAGGAGUGGAUGGAGGAGAAUGUCAACCCCUACCUGGACCAGCUGCGGGACCUGGUGCGGGACUACCGGGCCAUCAUCCGCCUCAACGGCCGGCCCAAGGCCACGUAG